GCACAGGAAGCAAUCUUAGAGCAGACCUUAAAUGCCAGAUUCCAGGCAGAGUUUAACUAACCACUGACAGCUCUGUAAACAAAGCAGGGACAAAAAGAGAACAGCUUUCCCUUUUCUGGUAGUCAUUUUUGGUUUGGGGGCUGCAGGGGAAUUCUGUAAUACUCGGCUUGAUGGGAUAUAAACCAAGGCUGGAAAGGCUUUGUAUAUGAAGAACUGUAAAGGGGAAAAUACUUCAUGGAUUAAAACUUAAGGAAGAAGAUUUGGAUCUUUCCAGAGCUUGAAACGCUUAAACACCCACCAUGGAUGACUUUGAACGCCGCAGAGAACUCAGGAGGCAAAAGCGUGAGGAAAUGCGCCUUGAAGCAGAGAGGCUGUCCUACCAGAGAAAUGAUGACGAUGACGAAGAAGCCGCCAGAGAACGUCGCCGACGGGCUCGACAGGAGAGGCUGCGGCAAAAGGAAGAAGGAGAUCUGUCAGGAGAAGUCACAGAGAAAUCAGAAGUUAAUGCCCAAAACAGUGUGGCAGGAGAGGAAAGCAAGCGUUCUACAGAUGAUGAAGCUGCACUGUUGGAAAGACUGGCAAGACGGGAGGAGAGACGCCAAAAACGUCUACAGGAAGCCCUGGAACGUCAGAAGGAAUUUGACCCCACAAUCACAGAUGGGAGUUUGUCACUGCCCAGCAGGAGAGAAGUAAACAAUGUGGAAGAAAACGAGACCACGGGGAAAGAGGAAAAGGCUGAAACACACGGAGGACACUGUGGGAUUGAGGAAACAGAAACAGUUACCAAAUCAUAUCAGAGGAACAACUGGAGGCAAGACGGGGAAGAGCAAAAGAAAGAAGAAAAAGACAAGGAGGAGGUACAGGAGGAUAAAACAAAGGAGGCCCCUGUAGAGGAAAAUCAGAUAGACGUGACAGCAGAAAAACCCACAGAUAAAGAAGAAGGAGUAGAAACAAAAAGUCUAGCUACAAAUGCAGAGGAACACAAAGCAGAGAAUGAUACAAAUGUUGUGCCAGAAGGGACGCCAAGUCUAACUGACACAGUAGAUAAUGAGAAGCUUAGGGACAAGGUCAAGGCUGAGGAAGAAAGGAAGGAAGCAGAAGAAAAGGAGAGGUUAAAAGCAGAGGAAGAAAAGAGGGCAGCUGAGGAAAAACAGAAAGCAGAGGAAGAAAAGAGGGCAGCUGAGGAAAAACAGAAAGCAGAGGAAGAAAAGAGGGUAGCUGAGGAAAGAGCUAAGGCAGAAGAAGAGAAAAGGGCAGCUGAGGAGAGGGCUAAGGCAGAAGAAGAGAAGAGGGCAGCUGAGGAGAGGGCUAAGGCAGAAGAAGAGAAGAGGGCAGCUGAGGAGAGGGCUAGAUUAGAAGCAGAAAAAUUAAAGGAAAAACAAAAGAUGGAAGAACAAAAAAGAGAGGAUAAGCAGGUAAAAGAUAAGAAAGCGCAAGAGGAAAAACCCCAAGCAGUAAGAAAACAGGAGGAAGAAAAGGAGGUUAGAGUGGAAGCUAAAAGGGAAAAGUUACCAGAAGAGAAGCUCCAACCUGCCUCCAGAAAAGAUCAGGUAAAAGAUGACAAAGAUAAAGGAAAAGCACCCAAAGAGGAAAUGAAAAGUGUCUGGGAUCAGAAGAAGGGUGUUCCUGAACAAAAGACACAGAAUGGAGAACGUGAACUCACUGCCCCAAAACUUAAACCUACUGAGAAUGCUUUUGGACGCUCCAAUUUGAGAGGGACUGCGAAUGCCGAGGAAUCGAAGCCGGGCAUCGAGGCUCUGAAGCGGCUAGAAGAUCAGCGCCGUCGUCGAGGUGAGAAUGAUAGUGAGGAGCUCGAGAAGUUGAAGGAGAAGCAACAGGAGGCAGCAGCAGAGCUGGAUGAACUGAAGAAAAGGAGGGAGGAGCGCCGGAAAAUCCUGGAGGAAGAGGAGCAGAAGAAGAAGCAGGAGGAAGCUGAAAGAAAAGUCAGAGAAGAGGAGGAAAAGAAGAGGAUGAAGGAAGAAAUUGAAAGAAGAAGGGCUGAAGCUGCUGAGAAACGUCAAAAGAUACCAGAAGAUGGUGUAUCUGAAGACAAGAAGCCAUUUAAAUGUUUCAGUCCUAAAGGUUCAUCUCUCAAGAUCUAUUUCGUAAUACUGUUUACUGUAUGUGUCAAACAUUUUAAAUACUUUGCAUGGAGUUUGUGUGAUGUGCAGUGGAUAAAUGACCUUUAGAUGAUGCUGUGCAAUCUAAAUGUAUUUGACCUGUAUGUUGAAUACAUGUGUGUAUACUGGUUUGUUUGCUCUAGGUGUAUUCAAUGUCUGCUUCUGCUUCAUGUAUACUACAUUUUGAGGAAGAUGCUUUAGAACAAAUUCUCAUACACAUGAGUAGAAAAUUUUUAUCCCUCCACACAAGACAACUGCUUCCUCAGCCAGAGUAUCUUGCUGAGCUCUGAGGGUUGCUUCCUAACUCUGCUUUCCUGUUUAUUUUCUGUUUUGUUUCCUCACUCUCCUCUUCUGAACAAUCCCUGACUUACUCCUGAUACCACACCAAGUGCUCUGAGAACCACUGUUUCCAGUGGGUAAAGAAUGACCCCACUUUUGUGUCUUUUUACUACAACCUCAAGAAUACAUGUCUCCUCCCUCCCAUCUAUGCCCCUCUUCCACUAGUGCCUGCUGAAGCCUGGUUUUCCUGCUGUGCAGAAGCAUUUCUCCUACCUGCACAUGAAAGACUAUGAAGAUCCUGUAAAUUGAUUAUUAGGUGGUUACCUUGAGUCCUAGUUCUUUGAGAUAGUGCAUAUUAUCUGUCCUUGCUGCCCACCAGGAUUUCACUGAUGCAGUUGUGGACAGAUCAGGGAGAAACUAUAGGCUCUUGCUGGUACAACUCAUCAUUUUGGUGCAUUGCUGGUUAUGACCCAGAAAUCAGCACUGGGGGAAACUUCCACUAUAUCGUAGUAGAAGAGCGGAGAUGUGUUUUGAGUUAUCAUCCUUGGUCUAUUUAGUCACUUUAAAUCCAAUCAUUUACUUCCUCGUUUUGUGGCAACGCCUCUGGGUGAAACUAAGCUGUAACCCGUUCCGGCAGCCAAAAGACCCGCCUGGUCUUUUGCUGCCACCUUGUGACAUCAGUUCACUGAAACACUUGGGAUCUAUCCUAGCCAAGCCCAUCUUUCCACUCAGGACUGCUUUUAAGUCCCAUAUUAGCAACUAAAACUGUUAAUGUAAAUCACAGUGUAAAUUUUAUAUAUAUAUAUUUAGAGCUUCAGAGGUGCCUUUGAGCUGGAUGGAUGCUAGCUGGAGUUCCUCCAGUGAGCUUGUUUGGCAAAUUCUGCAGUGAAGUGAACUGCCUGAGUUUUUGCUUGUGUGGGCUUAAGAAAUAAAACAUUCAUGCCCUUUGAAGGGAUUGCUGUGGGAUUUAUUGCUCUGGUACAGCCUGCAUGCUAAAUGCACUGAGGAGAACCAUUUAAAGAGAUGGCUGUCAUUGCCUUAUUUCAAAGGCAUGAAUGCCACAGCAGUCACUGUUAAAGUAAAUUGAAAAUAUAGAAGCCUUACUGAGACUGGGGAAUCUCCAGGAAUCUAGCCACACUGAUUAUUAGUCAUUUUAAUCCCUUGGAGCUGCUUACAUAUAUUUUAUUUUAAGUGAACGUGUAGAGCCUUGGAUGAGAAGUGAAGCAAUGUAAUAUAGAAGAGACUUGAGGAAGUUUGAUGAAUAUAUUUCUUAACCCAGAAGGCAAAUAGACACACACACCCAUCCACCCAUCAUGAAAUAUUUUAAAACUUUAUUCACUCUUUGUUUUCAAAGUAUUGAGAGAUUUGACAGAAGUCAUAUGAGACCUUCAUGAUUUCUCUUCCCUGGAAACAUCACAAUAUUUUCCUGUGCACAGAGUAGAAAAUAAGGACGAAAUGUAAGAUAUCAGUUUGUAUAAUAACAGCUGAAGGAUAUUGACUCAGCAGUGACCCUGCUUGAACACAAGCAGAGUUCUGUCUGAUUGGUUUCUUGGAGUUCAAAUUAAAUUGUUAGUGUCCUCCAAAAACAUACUUGAGAGAGGGGAUGUGGCCAACAUCCAAACCUGGCUUAGUCUGAUGUCUCAAUUCAGUAAAACUUUAUUAAAUUUGCUGUAUUUCUCAAGAGGUACAUAGCUUUGAUUUAGAUUUGGUGCACAUCAACCCCUUCCAUAAGAUAAACUUCUUCCUCUUCUACUUUCUGUGUUGGUCAUUUAUUCUCUUGUUACAAAUGAGGCACUGAAGAAAUGUGUUGGAUGCAAACAUUAAUGUAAAAAAUACAUCCACCUUUAUGAAUCUGUAUCAUAAUAGGUUGCUAUCUAUAAAACAUCUGUGUGUGUCUGUGAUGAUUUCUGUUGGAAUGUAUCUCUUCCAGACUUUUUGACAUUUAAAAUGACAUUCUAGCCUGGCCUUUUGCACAGGCUUCUUCUUUAUUAACCUUUAACUUAAA